AGAGUUGUGAAUGCGUGUGAAUUACGAUCUUGACCGUGAGUUGUUGGCAGAAGUUCAUCACAAUUUGGAGGUCUUUUGUAUUCAGACGCUGAACUGUAUUUAUUCUUGGCUGCUUCUCUACACAGAGAUCAACAGGAGAGCGCGUCAGAGUCGCGGGAAAUCAGUCGAGAGCGAUCCAGCGACGCGGCAACAUGAUCUUCAUCGUGAAUCGUGGAAAAGUUGUGCAGAUCUUUGUGGGUUUUGCCGCGAACUUCCUGUCCGUCCUCUUCGGUCUGGUCACGGCAUGGACUUCCCCGACGAUCUUCCUGCUGCAGUCGCCAGAGACGCCGCUGGAGGCGCCCAUGACGGACGAUGAGGUGUCGUGGAUGACGUCCGUGAUCUACUUGGUGGCCGUCGUGGGCUCGCUGAUCGCCGGCUGGAUGGCGAACGUGGUGGGCCGGAAGUGGACGCUGUUCGUCAGCGCCAUUCCGCAGCUCGUCGCCUUCAUUCUCAUCUUCUUCGCCCACAACGUCACUCACAUCCUGAUCUCGCGCAUCAUGAGCGGACUCUCCAUUGGCCUGUCCAUUGUCAUCAUUCCGAUCUUCGUGGCGGAAAUUGCCGAUAAGGACCUGAGGACAACUUUGGGAAACUUCAUGGGUGUGUCCAUCAGCUUUGGCAGUCUUCUGGGCAAAUUCCUGCCCAAUCUGGGCGGAUUCUAUCUCACGCCCAUCGUCGUUUGCGCCAUGGUGGCGAUCUUCACGCCAAUCAUCGCCAUUCUGCCGGACUCUCCGCAAUAUCUGCUGCUGCGGAAUCGUCCUGCGGAGGCUGAGAAGGCCCUCAAGUUCUACAGGGGCACCGUGAAGAGUGCACAAGGUGAUGAUGUGCAGCAGGAGUUUCAGGAGCUGCAGAAGUCACCCAGUUUGAGUGGACAGAAGAUGUCAAUCAGUCUCAGAGAUUUCUGUGGCGGCGCCACAAUUCUCACCAUUCUCACCAGCUUCUGGCUCAGCAAUCAUCCCACAUUCACCGGCAAUCGCACUCUCGUCUCCUUCACGGACAAACUCUUCAGGAUGUCUGGCACAACACUGGACAUCGCAAUGAUGGACAUCGCCAUCGCCGUGCUGCAAUUCGUCGCCUCUGUCGUCUCCACCUUCAUCAUCAAUCGCUUCGGCAGUCGUCUGGUGCUCAUCUACUCCUUCGUGAUCAGCUUCAUUGCCCAGAUCACCGUCGGCACUUACUUCACACUCACGGAGCACGGCUGGGACUUGAGCCACCUCUCGUGGCUCCUCUUUGUCGCCCUCGCGCUGGCCAUCGCCAUUCCCGGCAGCGCCAUCAACAGUCUCGCCUUCGGCAUGGCGGCAGAGAUUGUCUCGCCGAAGCUCCGUGGAUUCCUGCUCAGCAUCUACAUCGUUCUCACCUUCAUUCUGGGCUUCGUCUCUGCGAACUACUUCAUUGCUCUCGGGAAUUUCUGGGGAAUCUCAGGAUGGAUGUGGAUUUUCGGCGGUUGGUCACUAAUCAGCAUCUUCUUGUGCUUCUUCCUUCCAGACAUACGAAAUACCAAAACAUUCGACGAUGUUCUUGAGCUCUUCAACAAGAAAUUACCACUGAAGUGGCGCGAAAACACCAAUUUGAUUCACGGUUUAUCUGUUGUGUCCGCAAAUAGAACGAAUUAUGGUUCUUAGAGUUUGGUUUUAAGGGUAAUUUAUUAAUUAAAAUAUACAAUUUGGCCACACAAGUUGAUGGAAAGGGGGAAAUUAAUGUGUUCAAGAUGGUUUUUGGACGACACGGAGAAAGAGACAGAAAUUGUUAGAGACACAAUUAUAUUUAUUUCAUUAUUUAAAUUAAAUGUUU